ACGGGUAGUCGGUGCACACAGCAAGGACAGUUCAGGACACGGGUAGUCUGUGCACACAACAGGGACAGUUCAGGACACGGGUGGUCGGUGUACACAGCAGGGACAGUUCAAAACACGGGUGGUCGGUGCACACAGCAGGGACAGUUCAAAACACGGGUGGUCGGUGCGCACAACAGGGACAGUUCAGGACACGGGGGAGGUCGGUGCACACAACAGGGACAGUUCAGGACACGGUUGGUCGGUGCACACAACAGGCACAGUUCAGGACACGGGGGAGGUCAGUGCGCACAACAGGAACAGUUCAGGACACGGGUAGUCUAUGCGCACACCACGGGCAGUUCAUGGCUUCUAGGGACACUCACGGUAGGCGACUUGCAGACGCUCAGCAGCAGGUGGCUUCCAGGGAGGUAGGCGACUUGUGGACGCUCGGCAGCAGGCAGCUUCCAGGGACCCUCACAGCAGCUGGCUCCUCCAGGGGCCUAGCGAUCAGCAGCAGGGGCCCUCACGGCAGCCAGCUCCUCCAGGGGCCCAGCGAUCAGAAGGCAGGGGCCCUCACAGCGGCCGGCUUCUCCAGGGGCCAAGCGACCAGCAGGCAGGGGCCCUUACAGCGGCCAUCUUCUCCAGAGGCCCAGCGAUCAGCAGCAGGGGCCCUCACAGCGGCCAGC